CCGUUUUACCAGACUCCAACACCAACAAAACAAACCAAACCCCUCUCUCCAAAAUCAAUCAACUGUCUCCCUAAAGACUCCCCCAAAACUCCCAACCAUGAUUACCACCAUGGCUCUGCAGCUCAUUGUUCUCGCUCUCAGUGUCACCUCCACGCUCCUCCUCACCGUGGCGGCCCCACCACCACCACCGCAGCCAUUGCCACCGCCUUCAGGUUGCUCCGACGAGCUUGUUCUGUUCUCGCCAUGCCUGCCCUAUGUCUCGACUCCGCCAAACAACCUCUCCAACACUGCCUCCGACAGCUGCUGUGGUGCCUUCUCCUCGGCUUUAAACUCUAACAAUGGUGUUUGCCUCUGUUACCUUGUCCGGCAGCCUUCAAUCCUCGGGUUUCCUGUCAAUGACACAAGGGUUCUCUCUCUUUCUUCGGUUUGUCCCAUUGGAGAAGACAACAACAGUUCCAUAAAGAUUGGAUCUUUGGAGUCACUUUGCUCAGGGUCAUCAGCAUUGCCUCCUCUGCGGAGCACAACAAAUACCUCAGUAGUUACAAAUCAUUCUGCUUCUGGUCUUAAUGAUGUUCAUUCUCCACCAAAUCAGUUUGCUAAGACACCACCCACACAACAGAACUCAUCACUAGAACCGGCUAGAAUUUCAUCGGCCACAACCAUAAAACAACUUUGUAGCAGCUACAGUUGCUUCGCAUCCGGCAUAGUGAUUCUCCUUGUUCCCAUCUCCAUUCAUCUAUACUCAUCAUGCAACUUAUAAUUAGCUCUUUCAGCACCCAUUUCCAUGGUGGGAUUGUAGAUAGAUUCCUUUAAUUACUGUUACCCAGCAAAUUAGACAUGUACUUUGAUAUGAGUGUGUGCAUAAAUGUGUAUUCUCACUUGUCAGAAAAUUUCUACCCCUAUAUUGGCACUACUGGAAUUUAACCAUAAUUCAUUGUGUUUUAAAGCCCAAACAAAGAACAAUAUGUCAACAUUCACAAACUUUGUUUUUC